AUGGUCAACGAUAAGGACAUUCAGCACCUCCGCCUCGCCGUCUCCCUCGCCCGCGAGGCCCUUCAAGCCGGCGACUGGCCCUUCGGCUCAGUCCUAGUCUCUGCCUCUGGUGAUGUCCUCCAGACGGACCGCAACCGCGAGACCACCGGCUCGGAUGCCACCCUACACCCCGAGUUCACACUCGCUCGAUGGGCGCAACAGAACCUCUCACCAACCGAGCGCGCAGAAUCAACAGUUUAUACGAGUGGAGAGCACUGCGCCAUGUGUUCGGCGGCGCAUGCGUGGUGCGGACUUGGGAGGAUUGUGUAUGCGUCUUCGACGGAGCAGUUGGGCGCCUGGCGGGAUGAGUAUGGUAUUGGAAAGAGCCCUGUCAGCCCGUUGAGUAUCCAGCAAGUUGCUCCGGGCAUUCAAGUUGAGGGGCCGGUUGAGGGCUUGGAUCAAGAGGUUAGAGCCCUUCAUGUUGAGGUUUGGACGGCCCAGGGACUCAAGCCCAAGGCGUGA